AUGGCAGAACGUGGAGGAUUCAGAGGCGGUUUUGGAAGCGGGGCAGGACGAGGUCGUGGAGCAGGCGGAGAGCGUGGUCGAGGGCGAGGUCGUGGUAGGGGACGUGGCGGAAGGGGUGGAAAAGACGGAGAAAAGGAAUGGAUGCCUGUCACGAAAUUGGGUCGUUUGGUGAAAGACAAAAAAAUAAUGUCCCUUGAGGAGAUCUAUCUUUACUCGUUGCCAAUAAAAGAGUACGAAAUCAUUGAUCAUCUACUCUUUAAUUUGAAGGAUGAAGUUCUGAAAAUAAUGCCUGUGCAGAAGCAAACUCGGGCUGGUCAGCGUACUCGUUUUAAGGCCUUUGUCGCUAUUGGUGACCAUAAUGGCCAUGUUGGUUUGGGGGUAAAGUGUUCGAAAGAAGUAGCAACAGCAAUUCGUGGCGCUAUUGUGGCUGCAAAACUUUCUGUUAUUCCUGUUCGUCGUGGUUACUGGGGUAAUAAAAUUGGUCAACCACAUACUGUUCCCUGCAAGGUCACUGGCAAAUGUGGCUCUGUCCUUGUCCGUCUUAUUCCUGCCCCUCGAGGCACAGGUAUCGUUUCAGCACCUGUGCCUAAAAAGCUGCUGCAGAUGGCCGGUGUUGAAGAUUGUUAUACAUCUGCUGUAGGUCAAACAGCAACGCUUGGGAACUUUGCUAAGGCAACAUACGCUGCUAUACAGCGAACUUAUUCUUACUUGACGCCUGACUUAUGGAAAGAAAAUGUUCUUGAGAAGACACCUUAUCAGCGUUUCUAUGAUAGUUUAGUUCAGCCAGUUCGUACCUAA